UUAGUUUUAUCAGUAAUACAAAUGAUAAUUUAUUAUUUUUCCCACAUACUCUGCAUUUUUGCAUUCAGUAAUCAGCUACGAAACAAUGGCUGCCGGUUUGGUGGAUUAGUUAUGUCUAUAAUGAAAUGUAUCACUAAUGUCUUUGUGUUGGUUUUAAGUUCUUUGCUGUUUGGAGAAAAGAAAUCUAAUAUUUUUGAGGAAUCUCUCCAUCCGAUUGAGCGAAAUAAUUUUUCCCAGAGUAUCAUAAUUGCUCGUGCAGACCGCCACUAGUUUGCUCAUUUGCUAUUUUUGCCAUUGUUUUACGUAAAUGACUUAGUUUGUUCUCUGCUAUCAGUUAAUGUUUUGUGUUGUCUGUUAAUAAUGUUCUCACAUUUCUACAUCUGACUGCACCAAAUGAUGAAGAAAUAUAUAAGAAAACAAAUUUCUCACCAAAGAUACAUGAAGGAAUCAAUGAAGAAUACGAAGAACUGAGCAAUGACAUUGUCAAGAUCUACAACUUCAGUUAUAUAAUAACCUUGAAGUAAUUUAUGAAAUUAUAAAGGAAUUAUAUUUGUAUUUAACGAACAACUAACAACAGUAUGGAGGAGACAUUGCGUGAAAAUCUUGUUCCUUCUACUGAAAUAAAAACAGAGAGUAAAGAUUUAUCCCAUGAAAUGCAAUUAAAUAUCACAAAGAAAUUCUACACCUGUGAUGUAUGUUUACUUAUAUUCUCUGAUAUAGAAAGUUUGACUAAUCACAAAUAUAUCCACACAGAUAAAAAAACAUAUCACUGUGAUAUCUGUGGUAAAGUGUUUACAGUCCGUUCAAAAUUGACUCGUCAUAAACUCACUCACACAGGGGAUAAACCAUAUCAGUGUAGUAUCUGUACUAAGACCUUCUCACAGAAAAAUAACUUAUCUCGUCACGAAUAUACACACUUAAAAGAAAAACCAUGCCAAUGUGAUAUAUGUGGUAAAAUAUUCUCUAAGAAUUCAAAAUUAGCUCGUCAUAAAUGUACACAUACAAACGAGAAAGUAUACCGCUGUGAUAUCUGUGACAAAACAUUUUCAAACAUAGCUAAUUUAACUAGUCACAAACAUACUCACAUUGCAGAAAAACCAUUUCAAUGUGAUACCUGUGGUAAAAUAUUCUCAACAAUUGGAACUUUAUCUUCUCAUAAACGUAUUCAUUCAGAUGAGAAACCUUAUCAUUGUGAUGUUUGCGGCAAGGCCUUCAAAGUACUUAGAAAAUUAACUGCUCAUAAACGUAUUCAUACUGAUGACAAGCCAUACCUUUGUGAUAUCUGUGGUAAGACGUUUACUACAAAUAGAACAUUGACUGUCCAUAAACGCCUUCAUGUUGAUGAAAAACUCCAUGAUUGUGAUGUCUGUGGGAAAACGUUUUCUAAAAGCAAAAUAUUAACCAUCCAUAAACGUAUUCACAUGGAUGAGAAACCGUACCACUGUGAUGUCUGUGGUAAAGCAUUUUCUCAAAAUGGAUAUUUAACUUACCAUAAGCUGAUUCACACGGGAGAAAAACCAUACCACUGUGCUAUCUGUAGCAAAACAUUUUCUCGGAAUGAUUACUUGAAACGUCAUGUACGUACUCAUACAGGAGAAAAACCAUAUGAAUGUGAUAUCUGUGGUAAAAGAUUCUCUGGAAGUGCAAAUCUAUCUUGUCAUAAACGUAUACACACAGGUAGUAAACCAUACCAUUGCGAUGUAUGCGGUAAAACAUUCUCAACAACUGGAAAUUUAUCUUGUCAUAAGCGUAUUCAUUCAAACGAAAAACCGUAUCAGUGUGAUAUCUGUAAUAAAACAUUCUCUCAGAGUGGGCAUUUAAGUAAUCACCGAAAUAUUCACACGGGGGAGAAACCAUACCAGUGUGAUAUCUGUGGUAAAAGGUUUGCGGUAAGUGGAGAUUUGUCUCGUCACAGACGUAUUCACACUGUUGAGAAACCUUACCAGUGUGAUGUCUGUUUUAAGAAAUUCAGUGUUAGUGAAAAUUUAACUUCGCAUAAACUUAUCCACACAGAGAAAGCGCACCAGUGUGACAUCUGUAAUAAAUUAUUUGCCAGAAAGAGAUAUUUAGUUCGGCACAAACACAUUCAUACUGGUGUGAAGCCAUACCGCUGUGAUGUCUGUUCUAAGACAUUCUCUCGGAAGGAAUAUUUGACACAUCACAAACGUAUUCAUAAUGGAGAGGAAGCAUAUCAUUGUGAUAAAUGUGGGAAAACAUUCUCAGAGAAUUCUGAAUUAAAUUAUCACAAAUGUAUUCGCAAGAAUGACAAAUCACACCGUUGCAGUACUUGUGGUAAAACUUUCACGCAGAAUUUGGUCUUAACUAUUCAUAAGCGUACUCACACAGGCGAGAAACCAUACCACUGUGAUAUCUGUGGUAAAAAAUUCUUGAUAAGUGGAAGUUUGUCAUCUCAUAAACGUGUUCAUUCAGAGUGGAACCCAAACGAGUAUGAUACCUGUGGUAAAACAUUUUCUGAAAACAAGCUUCUAACCAAUCACCAAAGUAUUCAUGCAGGUGAAAAACAAUAUCACUAUGAUAGCUAUGGCAAAGAAUUGUAUCAGAGUGGAGAUUUAGCUUACAAUAAACAUAUUGAUACUGGUGAGAAACUCUACCAGUCUAAUAUCUUUGGUAAAGAACUCACUGUAAAUGAAAAUUUAACUUCUCAUAAGAAUAUUUAUGCUGGUGAGAAACUGCAUCAGUGUGAUAUCUGUGGUAAAGUAUUUGCACUGAAGAGAUAUUUAAUAGUUCACAAAUGUAUUUUCACAGGUGAGAAACCAUACCACUGUGACAUGUGUGGUAGGAAUUUCUCUCGAAAUGAAUAUUUAACACUUCACAAGCGUCUUCACACUGGAGAUAAGCCAUAUCAGUGUGAUAUCUGUGCUAAAACAUUCUCUGCGAAUAUAAUUUUAACUUCUCAUAGACGUUUUCACACAGGAGAGAAACCACGCCGUUGCGAUAUCUGUACUAAAAGAUUCUGGUUUAAAGCUACUUUAAAUAAGCACCAGCGUACUCACUUACCAAAAAUAUCCUUCUAGUCAUCUUCCAUGAAAAUCAUGUUGUUUACACACAGCUGUGCUCCACUGGUAAAGAACUCUGCCAAGUAAACUUAGAACACAUCCUCUACCAACACCACCGGAAGGUUUUUUGAGCUUUAGCACUGCCAUUGAGAUUUUAAAAAAUCAAACAAUGCCUUUGUAUUCUUUGUGCUCCUUUGCUUCACAAAACUACUGUAGAGUCUUUUGAUUCUUUGCCCAGAGUGUCACAACUUCUUGGAAUCUUCCACUCUACCAUUCCUCCAGCAAGGACAUCCUCUGUUGGCAGCACAUCUGUUGUGAAAACUUCCUCAUUUGCCAUGCACUUAGCUUCCAACUGACUGAAACUCACUGCAAACCUUUCUUCUGAAUGCUUCUGUUCUCAUCAACACACUGUCAUAACGAAACUAGAAAAUACCUAUCCCGUGGAGUUUAAGUGUUAUCACAUCUAUUGGAGUAGAAGGCAAGGAUCCCUUUUUCAGCUCAUAGUUGGACAUAACAGAUUGUUAAAA